AUGGCUAGCCCUCCUGUGCUAGCUUUCGAUGCUGAGGGCCGCCCAGUGAAGUUUGACACCUGGCUAGAUGACCUGCACCUCUUUCUACAGCUCACUGCCAAGGAGGACAUUUCACUGUACGAUCACGCCCUAGGCCAUGCUACUGCCCCUCCUACCACUGCUGACAGCACUCAGCGCUCGCAGUGGCAGACUCGUGACGCUCACGCUCGCUUUGCUAUUCGCAACUCCCUGCCGCUAGAUGAACGCGAGCACUUUGGCCAGCACAAGACUGCUAAGGACCUGUACACUGCUGUAGUUGCUCGCUACUCCUCACCUGCUUCUGCCGCACUAGGCCGCCUCUCUCUCCCCUACCUGUUCCCCGACCUGGCCUCCUUUCACACUGUCGCUGACCUCAUCACCCACCUCAAGACUAGUGAGGCCCGCUUCCGCGCUGCUAUGCCUGACGAGUUCCUAGCUAGCAACCCCCCACCGCUCUGGCUCACUCUCUACCACAUCGUCACCCGCCUCCCUGACUCUCUGCGCGCAGUCAGGGAUCACUUUCUAGCUCGCUGCCCCACUGAGCUCACCAUUGCCCUCCUCGAGAAGGAACUCCUUGCAGCUGAGGCGAGCAUCGUCGCUGUAGGUGCCUCUCGUGGCGAGCCCCGCACCCCUUUCUUUGAGGGGUGUUCCCCUUCCCCCCUUCUCCCCUCUGUCGCCUCUGCUUCUGCUGUCGACCUCCUUGGUGCUGAGAAGGUCGGGACCGCGUCUGCUCCGAGCGGGCGCCGCAGGAACAAAGGGGGCAAGGGUGGAGGUGGUGGCGGGGGAGGCGGGGGUGGAGGCGGUGGGAGUGGAGGAGGGGCUGGAGAGGCUAGUGGCGGCAGUGGGGGUAGUGACGGCAGCGGCGGAGGCGGUGGCAGGGGCGGGGGCGGCAGCGGGGGCGGCGGUGGUCGUGGUUGCGGCAGGGGAGGGGGUGGUCGAGGAGGUGGCAGCGGCGGUGGUGGUCGUGGAGGCGCUGGCGGUGGCCUAAGCCAGCAGCACACUCCGUCGCUCCAGGAGGCCCGUGAGUGGUAUUCGCAGCGCGGGGGGGCGGGUGGCUUUAGCUGCACGUACGUCAUCCGCACUGGUGACCGCACUGGUCAGACGUGUGGGAGGCCGCACCCCACGCAGCGCUGUUUCGCGCGCCUUGACGACGCUUGGCGCACUCAGUUCCCUGAUGCCACUGAGCUGCCCCGCUGGUUUGAUCUGGAGAAGAAGGGAGUUGAUAUCUGGGCUUUAGACUUUGAUGCUAUUCUCACUGCCAUGUAUGCGAUGUUUACUAGUGGAGAGGGUGCUCAGUACUUGCGUGUUCCGCCCGACCCGGGCAUUCUGACCAGUGAGGCUGCUGCUCUAGGUGCUGGUGCGGCUGCUGCUCUAGGUGCUCGUGAGUCCGUGCCCCCUGGUACUGAGUCGACUGCAGCACUGCACACCUUCACACUGGACUCAGGUGCUUCUCGCUGUUUCUUUCGUGACCGCACUGUCCUUGAGCCACUCGCUCGGCCAGUUGCUGUCUCCCUCGCUGACCCCUCUGGGGGUCCGGUCAUUACGACCUCCUCCACUGUCCUUCCUUGUCCUGCGGUCCCGUCAGGCACACUGUCAGGUCUCUACCUCCCCUCGUUCUCUACGAACUUGGUGGCAGGUCGUCAGCUGUCCGCCCCCUGCUCGUGUCGCUCUCUGGCGCAUGAGACUGUCCUCUGGCACCACCGCCUUGGUCACCCGUCUGUGCAGCGCCUUCGGGCCAUGCACAAACGGGACCUUGUUGCUGGUCUUCCCAGGGUUCUCCCUCCCCUCCCACCCUCGCCUGCUCCUCCCUGUCUUCCCUGUGUCGAGGGGCGGCAGCGCGCCGCUCCUCACUCCUCCUCCUUUCCCCCGACGACUGCUCCCUUGCAGACGCUCCACUUGGACGUGUGGGGCCCAGCCCGCGUCCGUGGACAGGGUCAGGAGAGGUACUUCCUGAUUGUUGUUGACGACUUCUCGCGCUACACCACGGUCUUCCCCUUGCGCACCAAGGGUGAGGUCCCUGAUGUCUUGAUCCCUUGGAUCCGCAGAUCUCGUCUCCAGCUCAGCAAGCGUUUCCACUCCAACUUCCCUGUCCUGCGUCUGCACUCUGACAGAGGUGGGGAGUUUUCCUCCGGCCUCUUGGAGGCCUUCUGUCAGCAGGAGGGCAUUGAGCAGUCGUACACGCUUCCGGCCUCUCCACAGCAGAAUGGGGUUGCUGAGCGUCGCAUUGGCUUGGUCAUGGAGGUCGCUCGUACCUCCUUGGUUCAUGCGGCUGCCCCCCACUUUCUGUGGCCGUUUGCAGUCCGAUACGCUGCACAUCAGCUCAACCUCUGGCCCCGAGUCUCCCUCCCGGAGACUUCUCCGACACUGCGUUGGACGGGAGAGGCUGGCGAUGCGUCGCGUUUUCGGGUCUGGGGAUCCCGAGCCUUUGUUCGCGACACGUCCGCGGACAAGCUCUCCCGUCGCGCUGUCCCCUGUGUCUUCCUUGGCUUUGUCCCGGACGCCCCUGGUUGGCAGUUCUACCACGCCACCUCGCGUCGUGUCCUGGCCUCUCAGGACGUCACUUUUGACGAGUCCGUCCCCUACUACCGCCUCUUCCCCUACCGCACUGCCCCACUCCCCCCCCCGCCUCUCUUCCUCGCUCCAGGUGCUGAGGUACCAGACCCCCUCCCCCCUCAGGGUGCCGCUCCCUCAGGUGUGUCCCAGGUAGACCCGGGUGAGCCUGUCGAGGUAGCUGUUGACUCUCGUCCUGCUAGGGGUGCUGAGCCUGGGGGUGCUGAGCCUGGGGGUGCUGCGUCUGGGGGUGCUGAGCCUGGGAGUGCUGAGUCUGGGGGUGCGGAGCCUGGGGGUGCGGAGCCUGGAGGUGCGGAGCCUGGAGGUGCGGAGCCUGGAGGUGCGGAGUCUGGAGGUGCUGAGCCUGGGGGUGCUGAGUCUGGGGGUGCUGAGUCUGGGGGUGCUGUGUCUGGAGGUGCUGAGCCUGAGCGUGCUACACCUGGAGGAGCCCUCUCCUCCCAGCAGCUGCAGGAGAGGUACCUACAGUACUGCCGCCUCCGGAGAGGUGCUGCUGGAGCUCGUACCAGUACUUCCCCUCCUACCCAGGAGCUCCCCUCCCUUCAGCAGAUCCGAGAGUGGUACACGCGGCGCUGCAGUCUUCGGAGUGGAGCUCCUGGUGCUGCGGACCCUGGGGGUGGAGCUGCUACUGGUGCUGAGGACCCGGGCGUUGGAGCUGCUGCUGGUGCUGAGGACCCGCGCGGUGGAGCUGCUGCUGGUGCUGAGGACUCGAGCGGUGGAGCUGCUGCUGGUGCUGAGGACCCGUGCGAUGGAGCUGCUGCUGGUGCUGAGGACUCGAGCGGUGGAGCUGCUGCUGGUGCUGAGGACCUGAGCGGUGGAGCUGCUGCUGGUGCUGAGGACCCGCGCGGUGGAGCUGCUGCUGGUGCUGAGGACUCGAGCGGUGGAGCUGCUGCUGGUGCUGAGGACCCGGGCGGUGGAGCUGCUACUGGUGCUGAGGACCCGAGCGGUGGAGCUGCUGCUGGUACUGAGGACCCUGGCGCUGGUGUCUCUGCUGGUUCUGGAGACGCUGCACUGCCGCGACCGUACUUCGUACCGCUCCUUCAGCAGGUUCUUAUUCAGGCUCCUCCUCCUUGUCCUCCUCCCUCUGUAGAGUGUCCUCCGCCUGUCCAGUCGCAGUCACAGUUACCGCCUGCCUCGCCUCUCCCUGGUCCCUCUCCUUACACUGGUCCCACAGGAGGUCUUACAGAGCGUCGUGAGCCUGAGUCUCGUCCUGCGUCGCCUGUUCGUACUGCUCGCACUGGUCGUCGUGUCCCACGUGAGCGUCCUCCUCCUGUCCCUGGCACUCACUACAUGACUCUGCGUCCCUCCACUGCUCCUCAGCGUGUCCCGCUGCCGUCUCCUCCUGCGUCCUCUCUGCCUACUCUUCCUGACCCGGAGUCUGACUCCCGUCGUGCUGCCAGUCCCACUGUCACGCGUCUCCUCGCCACUGUUGUCACUGACCCUACCUUUGAGUCCUCUGCUGCGUCUGCUCUGGUCGCUGAGUUAGUUGACUUUGCUGCCCGGUGUCGUCUAGACUACGCCGCUAGCCUUGUUGCUGAGUCUGAGUCUGUCUGUCCUCCGUCCGUCGGGGGUGAGUGUGCUCUUGGCACAGACGUCCUUGAGGACAGACAGGAGGAGUUCCAGUGCUUUGCUGCUGCUUUGCCCCAUCUCGUGUCCAUGCUAGUUGCCCCUGAGGGAGACCCGGAUGCACCAGACAUCCCGACCCCGCGCUCUUACGCUGAGGCGAUGGCGGGUCCCUACUCCUCUCAGUGGCAGACAGCCAUGGACGCAGAGAUGGCUUCCUGGAAGUCCACAGGCACCUACGUCGACGAGGUUCCCCCACCUGGGGCGAACAUCGUCAGUGGCAUGUGGAUUUUCAGGGUGAAGCGGCCGCCGGGUUCUCCUCCUGUCUUCAAGGCACGCUACGUUGCUCGAGGCUUCAGUCAGCGAGAGGGAGUAGACUUCUUCCAGACCUUCUCCCCCACCCCGAAGAUGACUACUCUUCGGGUGCUGCUGCACAUAGCCGCUCAGCGCGACUACGAGCUUCACUCACUUGACUUCAGCACUGCUUUCUUGCAGGGCAGCCUGCACGAGGAGAUCUGGCUGCGCCGCCCUCCUGGCUUCACUGGGUCGUUUCCUCCUGGUACCCAGUGGAGGCUCCAGCGGCCGGUCUACGGUCUCCGCCAGGCGCCACGUGAGUGGCACGACACACUGAGGACGACACUUGCGGCUCUUGGGUUCACUCCCUCUACUGCUGACCCGUCGCUGUUUCUACGCACAGACACCUCGUUGCCGCCGUUCUACAUCCUCGUGUACGUCGACGACUUGGUCUUUGCCACUGCUGACACUGCGGCACUCGCCCACGUGAAGUCGGAGCUGCAGAAGAGACACACGUGCACAGACCUGGGUGAACUGACAAGCUAUCUUGGCUUGCGGAUCACCCGGGACAGAGCACGGCGCACCAUCACCUUGACUCAGUCACACAUGGUGCAGCAGGUCCUUCAGCGCUUCCGCUUCACGUACUCCUCGCCUCAGUCCACUCCUCUGCCUACCGGUCACUCGCUCUCAGCUCUGCCUUCGGAUGAGUUCGUAGAGCCGAGUGGCCCGUAUCCAGAGCUUGUGGGCUGCCUCAUGUACCUGAUGACCUGCACUCGACCUGACCUUGCAUACCCUCUUAGCAUUCUUGCACGCUAUGUCGCUCCUGGCCGUCACAGGAAGGAGCACAUGGAUGCCGCUAAGAGGGUGUUGCGCUACUUGUGCAGUACGUCAGGCAUGGGACUAGUGCUUGGAGGGCGAGACCGAGUUGUACUUACUGGACACUCAGACGCUUCUUGGGCGGACGACCAGGCUACACAGCGGUCGUCUCAGGGUUACACCUUCAGCCUUGGCUCUGGCUCAGUUUCUUGGCGUUCUACACGCUCUUCUUCUGUUCUCGGCUCCAGUUGUGAGGCUGAGAUCUACGCCACAGCCAUGGCGGCCCAGGAGCUACGCUGGUUGACCUACCUGCUGACCGACUUGGGAGAGCAGCCUCGUUCUCCUCCAGUGCUGUACGUCGACAACAAGGCUGCCAUUGCCUUGUGUGAGGAGCAAAGACUGGAGCACAGAACGAAGCACAUUGCCCUGCGGUACUUCCUUGCUCGAGAGCUGCAGCAGCGCGGUCAGCUUCGUCUGCGCUACGUGGCCACUGAGGCCAACACUGCUGAUGUGUUCACCAAGGCGCUUCAGCCUUGUGACCAUCAGCGUUUCUGUACUCUUCUAGGCCUUGUACCUGCUGGGCCUCACUUGCUUACUGCUUGA